AUGGACAACAUCGACGAGGAAUAUGACCGGCUUGUUGAACACCUUCACGACUGCGCGAAGAAGGCUGAGAGUUUUAAAACCACCAAGAGACGCCUAUCUCUUCAAACUCUUGAGCUGAUACGCCAGCGUGGAGCAGCACGAGCUGCAGAGAACCAAGAACUCACGUCCGAGCUCGCAAGGCUUUGCAGAGAGGCGAUAAAGGAAGACCUUGAAGAGAGAAGAGCAGAAGUGCUGGCUGAAGCUGCAGAGGCGGGGAAAAACAUCCGCUAUGCCCGUCGAGACUUCGCCAGUCGCAAGACGAGGAUGACUGCUCUCCGGAGCCCAAAGGGAACAGCCAUUGCAUUAAGAAGAGGGAUAGAGGAAAUCAUCUACGACUUCUACUCUGAUCUCUUCGACAGCCAUGUCCACUUGCCUCCUCACCAUCUGAGGGAAGACGGACAAGUCAUUCCAGAGGUUCUCCCGUCCGAAAUACGACAUGCUAUCAUGUCAGUAAGAAAUCAUACGGCAUCCGGUCCCGACAGAAUAAGACCAGAACACCUGAAGAGUCUUCCGCCAGUACUCAUCAACACCCUGGCGAGGCUCUUUACACGUUAUCUGUCGGAAUGCAAGGUUCCUAAACAGUGGAAGACCAGCAAGACCGUGUUGUUGUAUAAAAAGGGAGAACCACAUGACAUCGGCAACUAUCGCCCAAUCUGCUUACUGUCCGUCAUCUACAAGCUCGUUACAAGAGUGACCCUUAAUAGGACUGAAAAAGUCUUGGAUGAAGGACGACCGUACGAGCAAGCAGGGUUUCGAAAAGGAUUCAGCACGAUUGACCACAUUCACACUGUUUCGAAACUCAUCGAGGUAUCACGAGAGUACAAGAUGCCGCUCUGUGUCACUUUCAGGAAAAAGGCCUCCGACUCAGUUGAGACGGAAGCGGUCGUGGAAGCCUUGGACAACCAAGGCGUCCCUACUCAGUACGUAAAGGUACUUCGAGAGUUGUUAUAG